AACCAAUAAUACUAAAAAAAAAAUUGUUUUUGUUAUGGAAAACUUAUACAAUUUGGGUGACUUCAGUUUCAAUAUAGUUGAGGAUAAACUUAGUUCAUCCAAUGAUACAUUUUGGGAAACCAAAGGGCAUAAUGAAAUGAAAAAUGUACAAUUUUCUGUAGCAGAAGAUCUAGGAGACUAUAAUGGAAUUGAGUCUCUUUGCUCUAAUUUUGGUUUCUUUCAAGAUGAUCCAUCAUAUCAAGAAAAUGAGUUCCUAAAGUUUCAUCACCAACAACAAGAAUCAUAUCAAGAUUAUGAAACUUUUGAUAACCUACACUUUGACAUGGUUCACUUUGGUGACACAAAAAAGGACCAACCAUUCUACCAAACUCCUUUAGCACCAGUUGACAUAUUGAAGAAUUAUGGCAAAGGAUUCAAGAGGCUAUUACCUGAUGAUGAAGGAAAUAUCCUUCAUCCGGUUAAUGACUUUGGUUUAGUCACAAAUAAUGAAAAUGAGAAAAAGUUGUUGUCAACUAUAGAGAUCAUGAAGAUGGCUGGAACAAGGUUCAUACAAUCAUCGUCUUCGUCAAAAUCUGCAUCAGGUUUGAUUCUUAAUCACCCUUUUGGUUUUUCUUUCUCCGGUUUAUCUGAUGAAGAGAAAGAAAAUGUUUCGCUUGCUGAAUCACUCUUAGCUUGUGCUGAGAAAGUCGGAUAUCAACAAUAUGAACGCGCUAGAAAAUUGUUAUCACAAAUCGAGUCUUUAUCUUCGAAGACAGGUAACCCGGUUAAGCGUGUGGUUCAUUAUUUUGCUGAAGCUCUUUGUCAAAGAAUCGACAAAGAAACAGGACGAUUUUCUGUUUCAUCCAACAAUAUGCAAAAGAUGGAAUCUUUAUUUGAUCCUCAAGAGGUUAGCAAGGAUCUAAACCCGGCCAUGAUCGCGCUUUACGAAGAUCUUCCAUUCAGUCAAGUUUCAAUAUUCACUUGUGUACAAGCUUUAUUGGAAAAUGUAAAUGAUGCAAAGAAGAUUCAUGUUAUUGAUCUCGAAAUUCGAAAAGGGUGUCAAUGGACAAUCCUUAUGCAAGCACUUCAAUCGAGAAACGAAUGUCCACUCGAGCUUCUAAAGAUAACAGCUAUUGAGAGCGGAAACUCAGACACUUCAAAGCAUAUAGUUGAGGACACUGGUAAAAGAUUGAAGGAUUUCGCGCAAAGUUUAAACAUACCUUUUUCGUUCGAUAUAGUUGUUGUAUCUGAUUUGUUACAUAUAAGAGAAGAACUUUUCAAGAUAGAUUCGGAAGAAACAGUCGCGGUUUAUUCUCAAUUUGCGCUUAGAAGCAAGAUUCAACAACCAGACAAACUCGAAACAAUCAUGAGAGUGAUUAGAACCAUAAAUCCUAUAGUAAUGGUUGUCGCCGAGAUUGAAGCUAAUCACAAUUCCAAAUCUUUUGUGAACCGUUUCAUUGAAGCACUUUUUUACUUUAGUGCAUAUUUUGAUUGUUUUGAGACUUGUAUGAAAGGUGAUGAGAAGAACAGAUUUAUACUAGAGUCAAUGUAUUUUAGUCAUGGUAUUAGGAAUAUUGUGGCUGAAGAAGGAGCUGAAAGAAAGAGUAGGAAUGUAAAGAUUGAUGUGUGGAGAGCAUUUUUCACAAGAUUUGGAAUGGUGGAAACAGAAUUGAGUAUGAAGUCUUUGUAUCAAGCUGAAUUAGUGGCUAAAAGAUUUGCUUGUGGAUAUGCUUGCACAUUUGAUAUGAAUGGUCAUUGUCUUCUUGUUGGAUGGAAAGGAACACCAAUUAAUUCUGUUUCUGUUUGGAAAUUCAUCUGAUUAUUGUAAAAUGCAAGAUACAUUUUGUAUCUUGUUGUCCAAAUCCAUGGUUCUUAUUAGUAUAAUUACUAGUUUCAACUUAAGAGACACAUUUGUUAAAAGGAUGUUGCAUGUGCUUAUUAUAUGACCUAGUAUUGUGAUAUUUGGGUUUUCUCUUCUUUCUUUUUUUUGGUAUAAAUGGACCCUAUAUAAUAUUGGAAAA